GAGGAAAUUAAUUUCAGUCCUUUACUGGGUCUCAUGACCUCGUAAGACCUUCUCAGGCUAUCCUUGAGAUCAAUGCGCUGGCUGUAUCUAGUCGUGGAUGGUUGCUGGCAUGGAUGACAGCCCGGACAUUAUAUGGAAAGCCGGCUUAAGUGUAUGGCUUUCCAUGUAGUGCCCAUGUUUCAUAAACCCCGCAAGUAUUCGGGCAGCCUGAGAGUGAUCGAAGGAAGAAGGUAUGUCAUGCGCCCUCGUGCUAUCAUUGAUAAUGUCUUUGUACAAUGAAGCAUAUGAUCUGAGGUCGCUUAUUCGAUAAUAGUCCAAUAUUUAUUCUAGUUACAUUUAUUGGAAAUCUCCAACGCUAUCAGUGUCUCUCUCUCUCUUGUCAAAGUUUCGGAAAUGUCAUUGUUAAAAGUGUUGCUGCUAAUACCUGCGGGUGUAGCCUUAGAAAACAGCCUGACACCUCCCCACGCGCGCCCCGCACCUGAAGAACGCUUGAAAGCAGGCUCAUGGGAGAUCGCCGCCCCAUUUUUGCACAUAAUAGUCAAGGGGGGCUAUUGGACAUUCACAUUGUGCGAAACGAUCAUCACAUGUGCUGCUUUGUAUCCUUCUUCAGCAAUAUCCCAAGCAAUCCUGGAUAAACUAAUUCGCAGCUCGGACCCCGUACAGGCGCUGCAACGAGUCCAGCAAACUCCCGAGCUUCUCAUCGGGACCUGCUGUCUUUUAGUAGGCAACUUGAUACGAACUCAGUGUUAUCGUGCUCUCGGAAAAAUGUUUACCUUUGAGUUAAGCAUUCGAAAGACGCACGAGCUAGUAACGUCUGGUCCAUACUCCGUCGUGCGACAUCCCAGUUAUACAGGUGCGACGUUCGCAAUCGCCGGGAUAGCGUUCUGUCACCUGAACCGCGGCUCUUGGCUCGUGAAUUGCUCUGGGUUAUUUCCGGAGGAUCCGCGUUCUGCGAGGAACGUCAUGUAUCUGUUGUGGGCUGCGCAUAUGACAGUUUUUCAUGUUGCGAUGAGAGGGAGGAUGAAGAAGGAGGAUGGCAUGCUGGAAAGGGCGUUUGGCCAAGAAUGGAGAGACUGGGCGAAGAGGGUACCUUACUGGUUGAUUCCGCGUAUCUAUUGAUCCAAGAUUAGUGGUGAGAAGGUGAUCCUUAUUUU